AUGUGGGCCGGCCAGUGUGUGGCCGCCUGCCCGGCCGGUGCCUUCCGCCUGCCCGGGGAGAAUGCCUGUGCCGGCUGCGACGCCCAGUGCGCCUCAUGUGCCAAUGGCCAGAGCACCGGCUGCACUGGCUGCCCCAGCGGGGGGCUGCUGCUCCCGUCGACGCCGGCCAGCUCGACCGGGCGGUGCAUGGCCUCCUGCCCGGAGAGGCACUUCGCCCAGGCCGACCACCCGUCCGGGCCCCGGUGCGUGCCGUGCCACGCGUCGUGCGCCUCGUGCGCCGGGCCGGGGGCCAACCAGUGUCUCGGCUGUCCCGAAGGUGCCCUGCUCCAUCAGGACCACUGCCGGGCCGACUGCCCGCCAGGCUUCUUCGGGUGCCACCCGGCCCGCCAGUGCCGGGCCUGUCCGGACGGCUGCACCGCGUGCGAGCCCUUCGAUGGGACGUCAUGCGCGUCGGUGUGCACCGCCUGCGAGGACGGCCGUUUCUUGACCGCAGAGGGUCGGUGUGAGGUCUCCUGCCCGGCUGGGCAGUUCCGCCAGCCGGGCGGCCAGCUGUGCGGCCCCUGCCAUGCCGGCUGCCGGACAUGCGAAGCAUCGGCCGAGCGCUGCACCUCCUGCCCGGCGGCCGGGUGGCUGGACUACGAGUCGCGGGUUUGCCUGCAGGCCGGCUGCCCGGCGGUCUUUGCGGCGGUCACCCGGCCGGCCGACCCGGCCGGGCCUGGGCCUGACCGGGUGUGCCUGCCCUGCCCGGAGCACUGCGAGGCCUGCACGGGCGCCGCCGAUGCCGAGCUGCCGGCCGGGGUGCCUGCUUGCCGGCUGCCGGCGGCCGAUGGCCCCCUCUCGUGCACCCUUGUGGCCGGGUGCGACCGGUGCGUGUCCGGGCGCCUGCUGCACCGGGAGCCCGGGGCCCCGGCCAGGUGCGUUCUGGAGUGCCCGCCGGGCUUCUUCGCCGACCAGGAGGCCGCGGUCUCGGCCAUCCCGGCAUGCAUGGCCUGCCCCGCAGGGUGCCUUGCUUGUCUGGGGCCUCUAAAGACCGAAUGCACCGAGUGGUCCGGCCUCUCGCCGAAGAGUCGUCUGGCCAUCGGCCUUGGCGUGGGUCUGGGUCUGCUUUCACUGCUACUGCUGAUCCUGGUGGCUUUGGCUUUGAUUUACUUCUCCCGCCGGCGGAAGGCCUCCCCUAUGGCGCCCAAGGGCGACGACGAUGUCGACGCCACGGUCUUGAACACCAUCCUCGAACUCUCUCUGCCAGGAUCGAUCAUGGUUAACAUUGGCGCGGACUUCAUGCCGCUGACCGACAGUGGCGACCUGGGUGCCGGCACCCAGGCGACCGUCACCACCCAGAUGACCCUCUUCCAGAAUGAGGUGGCCCUGAUGUGGCUGCUGCGCGAUGUGCCGAAUGUCGUGCGGCUGUACGGCUACAGCGAUGCCCCGCCGGCCAUUGUGAUGGAGUGCUACCAGACGGACCUGUCGACGCUCCUGCAGUCGGAGAUCCCCCUGGACACGUGCCAGCUGCUGGGAAUCGCCUGCCAGUGGGCCUCCGGCCUGGAGGCCAUGCACGCGCAAGGCAUCGCCCAUUGCGAUCUGAAGCCGGGCAAUGUGUUUGUCAUGCAGCGCCCAGAUGGGACUUGGCAUGCGGCCCUCGGCGAUUUGGGCACCAGCCGCAACCUGUCCGAGGAGCGGUCGAAUGCCCUGACCUCGGCGAUCCCCUCGCUGAAUGCCCUUACCGCACGCUACGCGGCUCCGGAGAUCGGAAGAGCACACGGGACUUGGCAUGCGGCCCUCGGCGAUUUGGGCACCAGCCGCAACCUGUCCGAGGAGCGGUCGAAUGCCCUGACCUCGGCGAUCCCCUCGCUGAAUGCCCUUACCGCACGCUACGCGGCUCCGGAGGUCUUCAUGGCCUUCAACCGGAAACAGGCUCUCCCCAAGGAGGCCUGCCUGCCGGCGGAUAUGUACUCCGCCGCGCUGCUUCUCUGGGAAACCCUGGCUCGGCAGAGCCCAUGGGAGGGCCUUGGAUUCGAGGAAAUCCUUGCCAACAGCGUGGGCGGCGCGCGCCCCGACAUCCAAGAGGCCAUCUCGCCCGAACGGAAUCCCACCCUUCAAGCGUCGCCCAUUGUGGACUUGAUCCAGCUCGCCUGGGAUUCCAACCUUCACACCCGGCCGAUGGCCGCUGUCUUCCGGCAAAAGAUCUCCAUGGCCUUGGCCAUGCAUGGCUAAUGAGCGAAGGAGCAGGGCCGAGGCCGGGCCGACACCAUUAGUGCGGUGCAUAGCACGCCUCCGCGCCACCGCUCCCG